AUGGGCGUCGGUGCAUCACUCCUGAAGCAUUCUAUGGUCGGUGUCGCCCUGUCAGGCGUCGUUUGGUGGGCCGGGUUCGGUUUGCGCCGCAGUUUCCUGCCGGCCCUUCAAGAACAGGCACCACUUAUUCGACGCGAAUCUUCCGUUGAGUCGGACUCACGGAAGUCUCACCGAAGGAAAAAGAAAGAAUGCAAGAAGAGCGAGUGUGUGACCGCCGAGGAGUUGAUGAGGAUGGGAAUUUGCUAUGGGGAGCAAGGGCGGCUGGGGAAAGCCAUGGGCAAGUUCCUUGAAGCCAAGGGUGCCUUCGAAGACGAGCGUGCCAUGGAAUGUGCAGGAUACGCAAAUCUUCUAGCUCAGAUUGGCAUUUGGUAUGGAAUGCGAUAUCAGAAAAAAGAGGAGAUGGACAAGUAUUUGGAGGCCCAAAGAGUGUACAGGAAGAUUGGGACCAGCUCAUCGAGGGAGUAUGCCGGUCUCCUCAAGAACAUGGGAAUCUGGUUCAUGGAGCAAGGCCUCCUGCCAGAAGCCAUGGAGAAAUUCAAGGAAGCAGAGGCACAGUAUGUCUCGGCCGGCCUGCUCACCAGCAUGGGCAAGUGGCUCCUGCAUCAGGGCUCGGAGGAUGAAGCCAUGGCCAAAUUCGUGGUCGCCAGGCAGACCUAUGAAGCGACGGAGGACACCAGCGCUUCACCAGGGUAUGCCGGCCUGCUGAUGAGCAUGGGCAGUUUACAUCGACGCAGGAAGUGCUUCGUCGAAGCCAUGGAGCUGUUCAACUUGGCGCAGACGGCUCUGGAGUGUGCAGAGGCAACCAGCAACAUGGACUACCUCGGCCUUCUGGCGACCAUGGCCACAUGCUAUUCCGAGCAGGGUGACAGCGAGUCUGCCUUGGACAAGUACUCCGAAGCAGCUGCCGCCUUCCAGGCAGCAGAGCGCAUGGACACUGAAGAGUACGCGCGGCUCCUGCAAGGCAUGGCCACGCUCUACUCCCGGAUAGACCUUCAAGACGAGGCCAUGGAGAAGAUGGUACAGGCGAAGGGUGUUUUCGAGUCGAUUGGUGCUUCCACCACGACUUCCUACGCCGUUCUUCUGCGCAAUAUGGCCUCCUGGUAUGCCUGCCAUGACGAGGGCGAGAGAGCCAUCGAGUACUAUGACCUGGCCCGCCGGGCCUGCGAGGCUGUGUUGCAGUGCAUCUCCUUUGCAGAGCGAGCUGUAUCGAGCUG